UCUGUUUAAAAAAGAGCGAGAGCUUUUAUAAAGAAUACCUGUUGGUGUUGGUGUUAUUGAUUCUGCGCUGCCAACAAAAAUCACUCUACCCCCCCUUUCCCUCUACCCACCCACCUCCGAACGGUAUUGAGCGCUUUUCGUCUCCUUGAGCUCUAGCCACAAGGAGCGGACGAAAUCACACUCUAUACGGAAGCGAUUCGUGGUGUGAACAAAAUGGCGUCUGCUUCACCCAUUGAAACCUCCUCGUCCGGUUCUACCGGUUCCCACAGUAGAAGCUCCUCUCCUCGACAACCCGUAACCCCAAAACAUGUCCAAUUCGAACUCCUUUUCCCCGAAUCCCCUCAAUAUCGCGCAAGACUUCCAUUGCGCGUCCAAAUCUACCCUCAUGAUGACACGGAGUCGAUAAUAUCCACUGUGAAGAAUUUCUAUGGUCUCUACCAUGGAGGGAAAGGCGUCUGUUUUGAAGACGACCGAGGCAAUACCCUCAUCGCGAGGUAUGAGAACUUCAGCAACAAUAUGAUAGUCUAUGUCAGGGUCAUUGAAGAGUCACCCCCACCGGCGGGAGCGUAUGGUCCAAAUGGUUAUCAACCAGGGCCAAUUGACUAUACCGCCCAACAAUUAGGGCACCAUCUCUCGAGACCUGCGUCGAGGACUUCUCGUAAGCGCAGUCCAUCUCCCAAUAGAGGUCGCGGUAGGCGUAGCGCGUCUGCCAGCACUAACCCUACGGCUGGAAAGAAGGGUCGCUCGCGCUCUACAAAAAAUCGUAGCGCAAAUUAUGAUAAUCGCAGCGAUAGCAUCAACGGAUAUGAUAGCGGGGAUGGCGCUCCCGCGUCUGUAUCUAGCAAGGCGAAGGAACAGAUUGGAAACACUGAUAUUAGCGUUGAGAAUAUCGUGGAAGGCGGUCGCCGAAAGCGCGCUAAAUUUGAGAGUUCGGAGCUACCGCUCUUCGCGCCACCUCAGAUGCCUGCUGCUACAUCCAACCCAUCUGUGUCUCCUGUUCGCCGCGUUGAGCACCAACGACCGACCUUUCCAUUUGCGCACCCCGGACAAAACGCCUUCACAAAUGCUCGUGCCCUCCAAUCCCCGCAGAGUUAUAAUAGUGGAUAUGGUCAAGCUGGCAUGUUCGCGACACCGAUGAACGACUCGCGACGUCAUCGCAACAGCGGUAGCAUUAGCUACCCAGGAACUGGCAACAAUAUCUUGCCCACACCUGACCCGACUAUUGGAAGCUGCGUGUCAGAGGAGGAUAAGGAUGUUGCAAUCCAACUCAUGAGGCUGGGCGAAAUGUCUAAUAUUUCCCACGGGCGAACAUCCGCAUCGACGUUGGAUGAUACUUUUAGCGGCAGGGCUGAAAUUGCUUCGUCAACUGGUGCUACAAGUGACGCCGACAGCGAAAGCGAAAAUGAGCUGCCGCCGUCACGUCGCCAGAAGCUUGACUUAGCUGGAACCAAUCGCAAGGUCUACCAAACGACGCAAAGCCUUUUCAUGCCCUCGUGCGACAGUGUUGAUGCUAGUGGCGAUGACGCUGACUACGAGGAUGGCAUUGAAGAUGGCUCUCUGAGCGGACCUAAGCCGAGCGACUUGAAACUCAAGACUCAGCAACCCGGAAAGCCCCAAGCACCAGUCGCAAAGACUACUAAGGCUAGAGCUCCUAAGGUACCUAAAGCCGCCAAGGCGAAGAAGACCAAUGUUGCUGCUGGUCUUGUUGGCCCCAUGUCGCCCGCAUCUCUACCAAAUCAGUCGCGCAAGCCUUCUAUCGCCUCCACUACAUUGGCCCCGGGACAGUCAGGCGAGGAUGAUCAGCCUGACCUCUCUACUAAGCCGCGCUGCCAGCGAUGCCGCAAGAGCAAAAAGGGCUGCGAUAGGCAGCGACCCUGUGGCCGGUGCCGUGAUGCUGGCCUUAGCGCCGACCAAUGCAUUAGCGAAGACGAGGGAAAUGGUCGAAAGGGUCGUUAUGGCCGUCACAUGGGAGUUCCCAUCAAGACGACCGAUAUCUCAGGCCCCCCUACUCUCUUACCUGCUCCUGUUGCAACUCCCGCGGUGCCGGGUGACAAAAACAAGAAGCGAAAGCGGUAGGUCACCUGAUCUAUUGAUCUGUUGACCAUGCGCCAUAAUACAUUUGAUACUCGAUAAUGUGUAUCACGUGAGGUAGAAAACUUGCAAAGUCUACUGAGGUGCUGCCUUUUAUUUCUCGACUGUAUCUACCUUGAGUGCCGAGAACCGUAU